AUGGAUGUGUAUCUCCUCGAUGCUCUGCAUCUACUUACCGUUCCAGAUUCUCAUGCGUUUAAUCCUACAUGUAUUGGAUUGGAUGGAUCUAGAACAUUGAGUUUGAUCAAUCACCUUCGGUUUGACAAAGAUAUAUGGACAUGCAUUUCAAGGUUUUUGGAUGGUAAAUCACUGGCGACGCUUGGAGCCACAAACAAAUGGUUCAACAAAAUCGUAAUGGAGGACUCUGUUUGGAGGUUUGCCUGCUUGCGUGAUCUUCAGGUCCCUGAGACGUCUCCAUCUCCAGUUUCUUCCAGCUGGAUUAAGCUAUAUGCUUCAGCUUUUGAUGGGAGUCACUCUUACUUGUUCCGUCAGCACGAAAAGCAUAUUGAUUGGACUCGGAUUGGUGCUUUUACUCUGGACUCUCCAAUGUCACUCUUGACUGAGCGUUUGAGUGGUCAACCGAAAGUUCCAAGGGAAGGAACCAUUGAAGGGAUGCUGAAAUCCAGUGGUUCAUGUAUUAUUAAAAACAUCAAAAGUGGUAUUUGGAUUGCAGAUUUGCAGAUUGUUCGUUGCCUUGCUUGUGACCUCAGUCCCUGUCAUGGAACAAUGCUAACACUUGAUGCUAGGCACAUUGAACUCUUCCUUAACGACGGCUAUAAAGAUGGAAGCUGGGAUUACAAUCUUAUUGGGUCUCAUAAGUUGCAGAACGAUGAAAAAGCAACUUGUGGAGCCAUAUUUGAUCUCAAGCACCUUAAAGCAUCUUCAUCCUCAGGUAAUUUCAAGCUCAAUCACACUCUUCUGCUCAUUUUCUCCUCUCUGCCUCUAGUGAAAUGA